UACCUUGAUGAAUAGUAUUUCACUACAUAUAAAGAAAUACUAUUCAUUUAGAAAUAUUAUUCAUUUAGGUAAAAAAUAUAACUUUUACAUCAUCCAUUAAAAUACUAUUUAACAAUUUUUUCUCUAUAUUAUAAAAAAUUAGACAUUUUAUCUAUGUGCUCUAAAUGAUUGCAUUUUUUUGCCUUUGCCUUUGUUUUUGUUUUCUUUUUUCUUUUUUGUUUCAAAGUGAAAAUGAUUGUCUGUCCAAUAUCGGUCCCAUGGAAAUGGUUAAAAUGUAGCUCAAACUGACCCAGCUCACGUAGUAGAGUAGUACCACUACUACAGUGGGGCAAUUAUUUAUAUUCUCACCAACUGCAUUACACACAUAAACGACAAUUCGUAAUUAUAUUGAUGAACUGAAACACAGCAAAACUCAUAAUUAAUUUUGUAUAAUAUAUUUAAAUAUACGGUGAUUAUUCAAGUACAACAAUAUAUAUAUAUAUAUAUAUACAUUUUUAUCUGGUGGUUAUGCUGAAGUAAAAUUGUACGAAUAAUAUUCUCGUUUUUUCGGUGGGUUACCUGCUACGGUUUUUUUUUUUUUUUUUAAAUAUAGAUAUAUAAAUUUGAUUUCAUUAAUUGAUUCAAUUUUCUCAUUGUCCCCCUUUUUUUUUCCAUUCCGAAAAAUCUUUAAGGAAAAGUCUAUAUAUUAUUUUCAUGGAAAAGAAAGAUCAAAACUCAAAGUAUUUCAAGGGCUAUGUACGUAAAUUACGAAGGAGUUUUUUUUAAAAAUAUCCAUGUUAACGUGUGGCACAAUACUCUGAUUUUAAUUCUAGACGACGAAGGAUAUUCCCAUUUCAGGAACAUAAUCAUUAAAUGGAUUAUUGCAUAUAAAUAAUCAAGCCAUACACUCAUGUUGACUUAUUGGAUCUCCUUUCAGAUCUUAUGUUCUAAAUUCAUGUAAUAUUAUUAUAUAACUAACUCUAUGCUUUGAUGCUUCAUUCCGUUAUAUUUUUUAAUAAUGCAACAAAUCUUAGCCACUCUUUUCAAUAUUACUUUAUAUAUUUUUAUAGAAAUAUACAUACAGAGAGAAAUCGGAAAGAAAAAUAAAAAGCUUGACUGUUGGAGAAAAUUUUGUUGGGAGCUAUUGUUAUUUAAUAUCUAUCGGGGUCACUUAUUAAUCUUUUAAAAGAUGUUUAUUUAAAAUAUAAAAUUUGAGGGGUUAUUUAUUAAAAAAAAAUUAAAAAUAUGGGUAACGUUUGGAAAGAAAAGUACAAAAUUCAGAAGAACUUUAAAGGUCAAUUGUUAAAAUAUUAAAAAAUAUCAAGGAAAAAAAGAGUCAGAGUUGUUGGCUCCGUUAUUGUUCCCUGCAUGUUACCAUUAUGGGAGCAAAACUAUCGUUCUUUAAUACUCCUGCUAUAUCUCAAUUCCUUUCCUUUAUUUUAUUUUAAUUUUGACUAAUGAUAUUUGCACCAAGCAACAAAACAAUACACUAUCCGAUGUGAUAAUUUUAUAAUUGUGCACCUAAAAUAUAUACUCAAAUAUUUCAUACAGUGAUAUAAUAAUUCAAUUAUAUAAUAAAUUAGUCUAGCAAUCACAUUUAUUAAAAUUAAAAUUUACUAUUUUAAAAAACAGUAAUUCACUUGUGUGUAAUAUUGACCCACAAUACUACAUCAGUUAUUGUAAUAUUUUUAUGCUAGGAGGUGUCUUAUGUUACACAUAUCUUUUUUAGAUUCUGACUGGCUUUAUAGAGUUCAACUCCUCUGUUUUUGCUUCUAUAUAAUUUUUUUUUUUCUAGUUUGCUUUGAAGUGUUGUUUCUGAUGGGCAGCCCCUCUAAGCUUGCCUUUUAUCUAUAUGCUUAAAUAAAUAUAUAUAUUAAGGAAUUUUCAUUUUAAAAAUUAAAUAAUAAAUUAUUUAAAGAUAAAUAUAUGUAUAAUAUUCAUAAACAUAUUGUUUAAGUAAAAAUAAUUAAAGGUCAUAAAUCCACUUUCUGGGAACUAUUUGGCCCCUCCAUUGAAGCUAGGGACAACGUGAAAUGUUUCCGAUAAAAAAAAAAAGACGACGUGAAAUGUUUCCUUUUUUAUGACUGGCUAUUGUAAACCGUUACUUUAAAUCGAAAUUGAUUACCUUAAUUAGGUAACAAAGUUAUGAAAGUCAUUGGAACAUUUUCUAUAUGUAUAGCUAGUGGCACUGAAUUUAAUUCUACGCAAUUUAGUUCUAUUUGUCAAAAGUGAUGAUCAGCCGAAAUUGCGGCGUAUGUAAGAAUUAGUCCCCUAGAUGGAGAGGAAAAAAAGUAAAGGUAUAACAGAAUGAGGCAGUUCUCCCAAUAUUUAUUUUAUGCCUCAUUUGGUGUGUUAUUUAUUAACUAUUUUAUCACGAGUUCUUUUUUUUUUUUGGUUUAACUUUUUAAUAAUUAUAUAUUGAAUAAGCCAUUAAAUACUUCAUUUCAUAGCUUCCCUGCUGAUCAGGAUUCCAGAAAUAUAUAAAUUGACGGGAGUGCUUUUGUCAACAAUGAAUUUUUUUUUUUCGAAAAGAGGGAAAAACUAAUUGUUCUUUAUUCAAUCUAGAACAAAUUAAGUUCUCUUAAAGAAUUUGUUUUGUUAUUUUCCACCAAACUCCAAGCUAUAGUGGUUUAGAAGAUUUACUCAUAAUUACUAAUUUGAUAUUGAUAUUUGAAUAUAUCUAUAUUAUAAUAUUUAUUAACUUAAAUAACAAACACUACAACAUAAAUGUUGUUUACCGGCGGAAAUAUUACCGGCGAAUAUAGUCCGCCGGUAAUAAUACCAUCUUUACCGGCGGAAUUCGUUUUCCGCCAGUAUUAAUCUUUUUUUUUUUUUUUUUAAAUUAUUUAAUUAUUACCGGCGGGAAAUUUAUUAUUACCGGCGGACAUCCCGCCGGUAAUAAGCAGAAUUUAUAACCACGGCAAAUUUACCACUCAUUCAAUUUUUCAAUUAUUGCCGGCGGAUUAUUGCCGGCAGACUCCGCCGGUAAUAAUAUUUCGAUUAUUACCGGCGGAUUAUUGCCGGCGGGCUCCGCCGAUAAUAAUUAAAAAAAUAUUACCGUUAUUUAAGUAUUGUCGGCGGAGUUAUUAUUGCCGGCGGACCUCCGCCGGUAAUAAUAAUCUAUAAAUAUAACACAUUCUUCUUCUUCGCGGCCGAUCGUCCAACUCUCCCUAAAAAAAAACCAGAGAAAACCAUUCGUUUUCAAACGCUAUCUUUGUUCGUGGGCAGCUUUGGUUCAUCAAAAUUUGAUUUUGGGUUACUUACAGUAUCCCUUUCGCUUUGGCAUCCAUAUUUUCGACCAAAUUUCUGAUGCUAGUCGAGGGCUUUAUUGAGAGUACUAAAUCUUGCUAUUGUUGUACACUGAUGGCGAUUGACAAGACUUGGACGACAUUGAGAAAUCGUGCUUGUCGAGAAUAUUGGAACGGUCUACAAGCUUUUUUGACGAUGGCGUCGGAAGAUAAGGAUUCCUCUGGUAGAAUUAGGUGUCCGUGUGUUAGAUGCAUAAAUAAUAGGCUUGAAACUUUACCUAUGGUGAAAGCACACGUAUUCGAUUGGGGUUUUCAUCGAGGUUACGAGAAGUGGAUAUAUCACGGUGAAGCGGAAGCAGAUGUUGCCAAUGUGGUGGACGCCAACGAUGAUGAUGUUGAUGAGAUGAUUCCAAUGGUCGAAGACUUCCUUCUACCUACAACCGAAGAAGUUGAAAAUAAUCCUGCGGCGGGACAAUUUUAUGACGAUCUGUUUGACGAGAUAGAGGCUGAGUUAUAUCCUGGUUGUAAUUGGAUAUCUUCUCUUAAUUUUUUAGCAAAAUUAUUGCAUUUGAAAGUUAGAGGCAAGAUUCCGAAUAAAAUCUUCGAUGAAUUACUGAAAUUACUAAAGCUUGCAUUUCCGAAGGGAAAUUACUAAAGUUGUAUUUUUAAUUUGGAUAUUAAUUUAAAUAAUAUUGAUUUUAUUUCUAAAUUUUUUUAAUUAUAAGUUUAGUUAUUUA